ACAAUGAUCCUUCUUCUCGGAGUAACAAGCGAACUGUUGUUCUUAAGAAAUUAUACUAAUGAACAUAACAUUAAUAAAAUCAAUAUUGUCAUUACAGACAGCAUGGAUAGUUUAGCAAGGUGGAAAGACGACACGCCGCCAAAUGGAAACGAUACCACCAACUCAAAUGAGAACUCACAAAACUACAACACUGUGAUCUACAAUGCGAGCAGUGACAAAGAGAACAAACCUGCCGAUAAUUACCACCAAAAGUAUGACGCUAACCAAAACGAAGGCUUUGACAGCCAUGACGGAAGAAGCAGUAAGAAACACGCCUCCAUAGUCACGAUAAACAACAACAACAGCUGGGUCUCCAACCAAUCAGACGACAGCAAAGGGUAUUUAGAAAGAGAUAAAGAUACUGCUCCUCAUGAUAGCAAAAGAGAUAGCUUUGAAUGGAGUCGGUUGGAUGGAUGGAAUCCAGUGAUAGAUAGACUGACGGGUUUGAGGAAUGAGAGUUAUUACAUGGCGACGCAAGUCGAAGCGCCGGUAGCGAAUGGUCACCAUUAUAGACAGAACUUAGGGCAUGUGCACAUGUCGCGGUCGCCGCCUGCGCAUCAUAAUGUUAUCAUUGAAGAAGACUACGGUACUACGAAAGGCAGCGGCGGCGGCGAGUCGGGCAGCGAGUCGGGCGCGGGCUUCAGCCGCGACGCGGUGGGGCGCCGCUCCAUGUCGGAGAAGCGCCACGCCGCGCUCGACGCCAAGGCCACCGGGACCUACAAGAAGAUCAAGGAGAUUAAAGCUAUCAACUCAUUGCAAGUGGGACCAUCAUUAGGCAUGCGGAAAUCAUCAAGUUUGGAGUCACUACAAACAGCUAUACAAGAAACCCAAAGGAAUCCGCGCGCUGAACCAAUAUACGCACGUGCCCAUCCACCUUUAAAACAUUGGUUGACGGACGACAACAACGGUCCCGACAUCAUACGGGGCUCGCCGCAGCAGUCCUCACUCUCACAUAAGAAGCCCUCAUUACUCAAAUCAUUAUCUACCAUGUUCAGGAUAGGCAAGCCUCAUAAGAAACCUGAGCAAGAAGUGUAUGGCAGGUCCCAGCCUGGCCGAGCGUCAGAGAAGUCCUUGUCAAGAGACGCGUUAGAGCGGCAGAGCAGGAUAGAAGAGAGGGAGAAAGAAGAAGAAUCUAAGUCACAACAGAGGUCGGAGGCGUCCCACUCGCGGCAGGGCAGCAGCGGCAGCGGCGGCGAGCGCGCCAACAAGCGGGAGCGGCGCGCGCCGCCCUACCGCGCGCCGCCGCAUCAGCAGCACCCGCAGGCAAUGGACAGCGCGUGGGGUCCCACCGGGCACUACGUCAACUACGAAGAAAUACAACAAAACUUAAACGCGCGUCGCGAGAAGUUGAGUGAGGUGCAGAUAGGACAGAUGAGGAGACAGGUCAACGCACAGAGAGCCAAGGCCGAGGAGGAGAGUCGUCGGGCAGGAGCGGGUGGCUACCACUCACAGCGCUCCUGUAGGGAGGGAGGCGUGCGGCCGCAGUCCAACUACUACGAGUACGAGAGCGCGCCGCCGAGGAGACCAGGCAAACUCUCCCAUUACCACUGAGCAAUGGACGUCGAACAACGCAAAGUAUACACUACCGUCGCUGUCCGAGGUAUCAGAUCUCAUUUUAAUUCGCGAUACAUUUAACGAUUAUAUCGCUUCUCUAGGCGUUAGUAAUGCAAUCUGUCGAGUCGAUCCCUUAUUGAUUUAGCUUCAAGUGCCUUCACUGAGACUGAUUGUUUCGCAAGUUGGUGCCUAUAACGGAAUUGAAAGACUUAAUAUUAUGAUGUUGUAUAUGUGUUAAUUAAAUAACCUUUGUCAACAAUUGUUAUUUAUUUAGCUUUUCUCAUGCAAAAUGUUUUUGCGUUUUUUUUGUAUAUAAAAUUAUUUUACCUUAUUAAUGAAAUACAAGGAAGCUAUGUAGCUUUAGUACUGAAUUAUAGUAAUUAAUUUAAGUAUCCAGUGAUGCGUAGUUAUAUUUCAAUCAAUUGUCGGUAUUUGACUAUAAUAGUGUUUUAAGUUGUGAAAAACUUUUCUAAAAAAAAGAAAAAUAUUUUGUAGAGAUCAAUGGUCGAGGCGAACCUCUUUAUAAAGUUUUAGGUAAUACUUGGAAUUGAAUUGUUUAAAUUAAUGUACUUAAUGAAUACAGAUCUUUUGAAACUAUUUUGGCACAUUAACAAUGGUUAUUUAAUAAUUAAUCAUUUUAUGAUAUACUGUGACUUAAAUGAAUAUUAUCAAGAAUGCAAAAAAAUCUUGAAUAUUUUUCCUGUUAGCUAAUUAUGAGCUCUUAACGCAUGGUAAGUUUCGUUGCCGUUGUGGGAGGGAGAAGGCUGUGCGCGACACAUCGUGUUGUCUUAUUUCCACAAUGACAGAAGUAAAUCCUGCUAUACGUGCUCAUAAACACCGUCCUUAAGUAAAAAAUAAGUUUUUCCUUACGUCACAAAUAUAUUUUUUUGAAACAAUAUAAUGCAAUCAACCUUUUUGGUAAUAAAUUCAUCCAAUAUUCAAACUAAGAAAAAGAAAAUAGUUUCUCCUGUUAUCCUUCCAUAACAUUUGAAAUCUGUUAAACAAAGUUUAUUUUAAGAUUAUUUACGACUAUGUUACAUCGGCAUUACAGACAUUUCCUCGAACAUUCAACUUUGCUACUAAGUGACCCUUUUAUCCUGAAACUACAAUAAAACUUUCUAACUUUAGCGAAGUGGAAAAUUUCAACUUUAAAUGUAUACUUUUGAUUACUCUUGAAGGCUAACAUAAACUUGUCUAGAACUAUGUGGUUAUACAACAUUAAUGAAUACUACUAUGAGCUCUUAAAGCAAGAUUGUGACCUUUGUGGAGGCGAGAGAACGCUAUACUUCGUAGAGCGCCAUCUCUCUCUCCCACGAUGGUAACCACGCUUUAAGAGCUUAUAUUACAAGUCCCUUGUUCUAAUGUAUCUUUUUACGAAGUUAAUUUUGUUAAAGUUUGUGUAAUGAAUGUGCGGGGAAUGCGUUUCGUAAUGACCGUCCUUAGUUCUAUGUAAAGAUUCUUAUUUAUGUCUAUUUUAAUGUAGAUGGUGGUGCCAUCAAUACUUAGUUAUAAUUUCUCAUCGCUGUAAUUACAUAUAUGUUCUGUGUUGUCACAAGAUUCAUGAUUACAUAGCAACAUAUACCGUUUACAAUUCUCAAAUUAUUCGAGAGCUAUUGAAUCAGCCCGUUUGUAUGGCAACGGUGAUUAAAUAUUACACACAUUUACAGUGCUUUCAGUACUAAAAUCACUCGUUACAUAUUUGCUUACCAUUUCCCUUGGAACCCGCAAAUUUCAAUGAAUGAAUACCGAAUUACAUUAUACAUUUAGCGUAACUGUUGCCAGGUGAUCGGGCUCUCGGCGAUAAUUCACGGUAGAAGGGACUAUUACGAAAGUGCGAAGCUUUUCACUCUCUUUCAUUAAGAUGUAGGAAUGCGUAUAUAUUCGUAUUCUCCCGUACAUUAAUUUGCUCUGUAAGCGACGUGUUUUCGUAAAAGCCCGCACGUAGGCACAUGUACAUUCCUACUUAACGUCUAGUAAGUUUAUAAAAGAAGCUUUAAAGUGUAGAUUAGAUUUAUAAUUAAGUUUAAAAAUAAAUCUGAUAAUGUGUGACUGAAUAAUUUAUAUCACUUUGAGGAAUUUACAUUUAUAAUCUACUAAAAAAUAUAAUUGUGUGUAAAACUGUAUGUUUCUAUCGUUUUCAAUGCAACAGUUGUAUAAAUUCAUUUAUUUGUUUUUAUUUCCAUGUUUUUGUGAUAUCUAAUCGGUAUUUCGAGGCCAAACUUGGCCUCUGUGGUGAGACGGAUGAUUAGUUACAUAAUUACAUAUGUAGACAUUUAUAUUGUAUAUAUAAUUUCUAGUACGUUCUCCGAGAUUAAUUUUGUAUAGACAAAGAAAAUUAGCUUUUAAAAUUCCAUCAACAUGACUUAUUUUUAGAUGAACGAACAAGUUGUUUAGUAUUAGGUAAUCACUGCAAAUGUAUAUUUGCUCAGAAGUGCCCAUAACUUGUACAUAUUUUGACGUUUAUAUUACAACGUCUGUGCGUAACAUAUUGUUCAAUUUGAUUGACUGACAUUAAAUAGAACAACAUGAUAUAAUGAAAUUCAUAAAUACUAUUCGGACAUUCAAUGUAUGUAAAAUAAAUAAAAACGUGGUAUUGUC